AUGCUCGCGAUGGUUUGGCCACUGCUCGCUCUCUCUACUUUCGCUGCUGUUCUUGCUGUCCCUACUCCGCAGAACCAUUCGCAUCUCGAAGCCCGCGAACCUCAAGUCUACGGGCAUUGCGUCAACUCGAAAGAGGUCGCGAUGACGUUUGAUGACGGACCCUUCGACCAUCUUCGCAGCAUCUCUGACCAAUUCACGGCUGCAGGCGCAAAAGCUACUUUCUUUUGGAACGGAAAUAACUACGACUGUCUCUAUAACCUUGGUCGAGCCGCCGACAUGAGAUAUGCGUUCGCUGCUGGGCAUCAGGUCGGCAGCCAUGGUUGGACCCAUGUCGAUCUCACGACCCUCUCACGACCCCAAAUUCGUGACAACAUGUACCGCAUUGAAGAGGCCUUUUCGCGUAUUCUUGGUAUUCGCCCGGCUUUCAUGCGUCCUCCAUUUGGUGCUUACAACGGAAAUGUACGCGAUGUCGCAACUGAUCGUGGUCAAUCCUUGGCUUUAUGGGACCACGACACCAAAGAUUCUGACGGCGCUACCGUUUCGUUCUCUCGAAGUGUUUAUCGGCAAAUCACGAACUCAAUGAAAGACAACGGGUUGGUUCUUCAGCACGAAACUGUCGGUUCGACUGCAACGCAGCUGGUGCCUUACGCAAUCAACCUCUUCCAAAGCAAAGGCUACAAGCUGGUCACGUUGGCGGAAUGUCUCGGAGUCGACCCCUAUCAAGUUGUUGGCUUCCCGCAACAGCGAACGCCUGCCUGGACGUGUAACGGCUCUCCUGGCCCUGGUACUGCUUGUGGUGGCUCCAGCGGCAUUGCCUGCAAAAGUGGAACGCCUCCAGUUUCGACAGGCAUCAAUAUCCCCCUCCCCAAUCAGUACAUCCACCCAAUCGCCAACUCAGGAAAGUGCCUCGCAGCCACCUCCAACUCGGACGGCGCCCCGGUGACCAUCCAAGACUGCACGACUUCUGCCUCCCAGUCUUGGACGAUAACUGGCACGGGCACUCUUUCCAUCUAUGGCGAUAAAUGUCUUGAUGUGGUCGAUGGACGAACUGCUUCUGGCACGAGGCUUCAACUGUGGACAUGUGCGUCUGGAAAUGGCAACCAGCAGUUCACACUGUCUGGCCAGACAAUCCAAUGGACUGGCCAUUCUUCCUGUGUAGAUGUUACUGAUGGUGUCUUGACAAACGGCAAUCGGAUGCAAAUCUGGGAAUGUGCAGCGGGUAACCGAAACCAGCAGUUCACUCGCACGACUGGUCCUGGCUCAGGCAACAACGACCCGACGCCCAAGACCAUUCGCCCCAAUAAGAGCUCGACCACUUGUCUGACAGCUGUCGCAAACAACGACGGAGCGGCAGUUGUCGUGCGACCUUGCACUAAUGGUGCCGCCCCUGGUCAAAUUUGGACCCAAAAUGGCGCAACCAUCGUGGUGCACGGCAAUAAGUGCUUAGAUGUGACGGACUUCAAUGACUCCAACGGCGCAAAGAUGCAGAUUUGGUCGUGCACUCCGGGUCAAGGGAAUGGUGCGCAACAAUUCACCGUCACCCCCGAGAAGACUAUUCGUUGGAAUGGUCACAACCGAUGCGUUGAUUUGACUGAGGGUCGUACUACGACGGACAACCGCAUUCAGAGUUGGGAGUGUUCGUCGCCUUCGGCACCGAAUCCCAAUCAGAUUUGGAACUUUGUGUGA